AUGUCCCUCCGGACUGCCGUCUCGAACUCUACCGCUUCCCAUUCCCCUGCUCCACCCGUCGACCCCCGCUCGCGCCUACCCGCCUUCAUCUCCCGCUUCCUAGGCUAUCGCUCUGGACCCGCUCCAUACGCACCCCUCCCCUUCUUCCCUUUCAACCAGCUCCAUCACAUCCCCCUGCAAGUCGAAACAUGGUUCUUCGGAUUCAUUGGCGCCUUCGUCUCCAUCCUCUUGAUUGAGGCGGUGAUGCAAUUCGCGACCCCCUUCCGGGGAACAGACGCGCCCCUCAUCGUCGUCUCGUUCGGUGCGUCCGCAGUGCUCGUUUUUGGCGUGGUCGAGUCGCCGCUCGCGCAGCCGCAGAAUCUGGUGAUGGGCCAGGUCGUGUCGGCGUUCGUCGGGGUUGCUUUGACAAAGCUGUUCUGUACCGGAGACGCGGCGUAUACGCCUGACCUGGACGCGAGGCGGUUUGAGGGUGGGUAUUUUACGAAUGGGGCGUUGAGUAUGGCGACUGCUAUGCUAGCUCAACAGCUCUUUGGGAUCACACAUCCACCAGCCGGCGCUACCUCCCUCUCAGCAGCGACAACCCCGCAGAUCCUUCAUCUUGGCUGGAUGUAUCUCCUCCUUGUCCUCGUCUCGUCUCUCAUCAUGCUCGGCUGGGCACUCAUCAUCAACAAUCUCGGAAGACGACGAUAUCCCGCCUACUGGAUCAAGUCGGACGGGAUCUUUGCUAUCAUCGGCAAGCAGGUCCAGGCGAGGCGGCAGAGGAGAAUAGAGGCAAGGAGGCAGACGAGGGAAGGGAAGGGGGCGGAGGAGGGCCGGGCAGAAGGUCAGCCAUGA